GCAGCUGCGCGCCGUGUGGUACGACGGAGAAACUUGCACAGAGUACAUAAAAGCAUCUGAAAGACCCAUAAUGCGCAUUCAUCGCGCAAGUCUCGUUCGGUGAUGUUUCUAUUGCCAAAAAUCUAACGAUAAUACCCUCGUGCACCGCGUUGGAUCGUAUGAAAACAACAAGACAUUGUCAAAUGUUGAAUCGCUGCGAUUGCAAAGCGUCCUGCUUCUGUAUGUCCGCCAUUUCAUAUUUUGCGAGACAUCGUUGAAAUAUAAUCUACAGUGUGUUUGUGUGCGAAAACUCUCGAUCUCACGUUCGUGUGAUUCUCAAUGUGUGGCCGGUCACGCGGUCAGUACGCACGAACCGUACACUUCUCAAGUCUCUUUAUCAUCUCGAUGGACAAAGGCGGUAUGUAAUAUUGGUAUAGGCUCACCUCAAUCAACGAUUGAGGCUCGAGAAGAGGCCCUAGCUUGAAGGCGAUCCGUACUCAGUCCUCAGUGUAGGCUAGUCGGUCGCUCGGAGAGUUGUUCGGGUGGCAAAACAAUUUUUCGAAACAGUUCCUUCCGUGAUUAUUUCACCCUCAACCUACGUUUCGUUUUCUUUUUUAUAAUCAAUAAACUUAACGGUUUUGAGCCAGUUUCGCAGUACUCGAAUAAAAAAAAAUUGAGCAUCGCAGUGACAACCUUGAAUAUGUGAAACAGUAUAAAAGCGAAAUAAUAUUCGAUAAUAAUACGCCAGUGAUAAUUAGCUUCGAAAACGUAAAAUACCAAAAAUUAUAAAUAUUUGUAAGCUGACAUAAAAACAGUGCUGCGUGGCCGAUCGAAUGAGAAGCAACCAAUCGGGAAACUCCGAGCUGUGUGUGGGUCUCUACUCAAUAAAGAAACAUCUUUUUCUCCUCUCAUCCUCUCUUCACCGUGUUUACUUUAUUUCGCCCAGUUCUUAAUGCACAAAAAUUACCGCGAAUGAAAAAAAAUCUUGACUCCGGAAUUCGUGUACACAAAAUUCAAGUCACGUGACUGAAGAAUUACCAGGAAAAUCAUUGUUUUGAAAUCUGUCGGGAGCUCCGGAGGAUGCGGCAACGUUGGUGCGCUCGCCGGGAAAAUAAAUAGUACACAAAUCGACCGCUCCUUGAACGUCUUUAGGUCAGGAACGAGUUUUUCAGAACAAACGUGCUUGUUCUUUCACUCAAAUUGAAUGAAAAUCUCUCCGUUAAUUCUUCACCUUAAAGCUGCUGUCAUUCACGUGCUGAAAUCCCAAAAGGCCGAAAAAUAAAAAUAAAAAAAAAAAAAAAACAAAUAUUCCUACUGUGCCUCCAUCGUCCGGAAGAAAAAGGCAACUAUGGCGACCGCAACGACAACAAACACGUGCGCGGAUAAUUGCUCAAACUCUGCUUUACUUUACGAAUUUGCUACUGAUGAAAUUUGGACACGCUGGAACGAAAUCGCUUACUAUUUCGAAUAUCAGCCAUGGAUUUUUUCCAUUAUCGGCAGCACUAUGGUCGGACUUUCUGGUAUUUUACCCCUUUUCGUGAUACCCAUCGAGGAAGGCGCUAAUCUCAAAAAUGGAGCUGCUGCUGGAACGCUGAAGAUUCUCCUGAGCUUUGCGGUCGGCGGUUUGCUGGGCGAUGUGUUCCUCCAUCUUUUGCCCGAAGCAUGGGCAAGCAAGGCGCUCAAUAUAGCUCAAGUGAAUGGAGCACGUUCGAUGGCUUGCGGCUUGUGGGUCUUGACCGGAUUUCUCGUUUUCAUAAUAGCGGAAAAAGUCUUCAUUGGCGAGGGCGAGGGUGUCGAGGACGAGGAGGAAAAAGAUGAAUCAAAUUUGACGGCGAGGACGAAGGAAAAAAAUAACGAGUAUUUGAAUAACAACAUUCAGAAAGAAUGGGACAACAACAAUAUCGUGACGACGAACGGUGCGGUCGGUUCGAAAAACCAUGCGAAGCUAAAAUCCUCCAAGAACGUUGAAAUGAAUGGGCAAACGAUGAUCGAUAAAUCACGUUUGAAUGAAACGAAGAACGGUUAUUCGGUAUCGAGCGUAUUACGAAAAAAUGACUUGACACAAAGAUCCUCGAGGCUUAAGAGCUCGAGCGAAUUCUCUUGCAUUCCUAAUCGAUCGAACGGUUUUGCAAAACUCACAAACCCGAGCUUUGAAAACGAGAAAAAAAACGACAGACAAGACGAUAAAACAGGCUCGGACGUAAAUGUUAAACCCAAAGGAAAACACAUCACCGGAUACCUCAAUUUAAUGGCCAAUUGUAUCGACAAUUUUACCCAUGGACUUGCGGUUGGUGGAUCUUUCCUCGUCUCCUUCAGGCUCGGUGCUUUGACCACUUUUGCGAUACUUAUACACGAGAUUCCUCACGAAGUUGGCGACUUCGCUAUUCUGCUGAAAAGUGGAUUCAGUAGAUGGGACGCUGCGCGUGCUCAAUUGUUGACUGCAAGCGGUGGCAUUUUUGGGGCUCUCGUCGCCGUUGGCUGCUCCGGAAGUGGGAUUGAAUCGCGAACAAGUUGGAUAUUGCCGUUUACCGCUGGAGGCUUUUUGCACAUAGGCAUGGUGACUGUUUUGCCGGAAUUGUUAAAAGAAACGAAUCCGAAGGAGUCGAUGAAGCAGCUUGGCGCUCUACUUAGCGGUAUAACCGUAAUGGCGAUACUAACGAUUCUUUGCGAUUGAGAUGACCAAAAAAGUCCACAUGUGUCUACAAGACAGAGUGAAAAAAAUGUACUCAUGAAUCGCGUCGAAGUCGCAAAAAUGUGGAAGCUUAAAGCAGAGACAGAGAGAAAGAGAGAGAUAGAAAGAGAGAUCGGGAAGAGGGGAGGGGAGCAAAGGAGCAAGAAACACAAGGACUGAACGAAUUGUUUACUUGUUAGAUUCGAAAUAAUUGUUAAUUGAUUCUUCUAGAGCAAAUUCCUAGGUAAAUUAGAAUGAAAGAGAGAAAAUCAUGGGAAAAAAGCAGCAAAAAUCGGAUACUGAAUCGAGGGAUCUCGCGACAUAAUCGACGAUUCACUCGGUUGGAAUGAUAUUUUUUUUUUUUUUUUUAUAAAUAAGUAUAUAUACAUUUACAUAUACACAAAUAUCAGAGGCUCGUAGAAUUUGAGAGCGUAUAUAUUUUUCUUUACUCGCGACUCGUACCCAGAAUUCUCUCUCCAAAGUUAAUUGUAUAUAUAACUGGAGAAACUGCGAGCUAUGGAAAAGAACGGAAUAAACCGAAAAGGAAAGAGUUUAAAAAGAGGGAAGAAGUUGCGAGAAAAUUGGAUGCAGAGCGUUUGAUCGCGCGAUCAUUUCUCUUUCCGCCGUGAUAAUUACUUUUCAUACGACCCAGAUACGCUGUUAUAGCUCUUUAUAAAUAUAGUUUAUGUAUAAUAAUGUAUGCGCGUGUUAAAAUUUUUUUUUUUCCUUUGCGAAUUGGUUAUCCGCGAAUUAUGAUCUGGUAAUCCCAGACAAACUUCUUCCUCACGACACAACGAAUUUCAGAGAUUGAGUUGAAAAACAUAAACAGAAUGAAAAUUAUACUAUAGUGAGACAGUAUUAUUAUACGAUAUCGUUGUAUUAAGAGUUUCGUGAAUUAUCACCUUCAAUUCGUACGCAUUUGACAAAUGUAAAUGGGACUGUUCUAAAACGGUAUAGAAAUUCAUCAAAUUUGUCACGCGCAAAGAUACGCGUUCUAUAUCUUUCAAUAACAAUCAUGUAUAAAGAAAGAUACAAGGAUACAAACCCAAACAAAAAUGAUAUGAUUUUUCAAAUUCUAGCACGUGAUAUACUACACUCCUCUCGCAUGGGACAAACAGGAUAUAUCUUUUUUUUUUCUUUAUUAUGUAAGUUUGGGGCGAGUCCUGACUACGUGGUGCGAUAGUCUUAUGAAAAUCUAUUUAUAUCUUAGGUAAAAUCUUGUACUAUCGACGAUAAAAAAAACAACGGAUGUAUACAAUCUAGAUACAUAAACGCAUCGUACCCUAUUGUCAGAUUUUUAUCCCUCUCGAGUGCCAUAUCGCGGCGUGUGUAAAUAAUAAAAAUGAAAUCUUCGAAGGUCGGGUUUACUAUCCGAUAAGCCGUCAUUAUAUUUUUUCGCUCACUUUUCGUAUCGAGAAACUACUCCGAUGAAUUGUAACGACGAUUUUGUAAAUAAACUGAUGACGUGACUUAUCAA